UAGCUUACAUGCUCAAGGUCAACAUGUCAAUGAUAUUGUCUUCAUAUGAGAAAUACAUAUAUUCGUUUUAAGGCUCAAAUACUAAUUGUCACUCAUUUUAUAGUUAUUUCUAUAAGUCUUCAUGUAUUUGUUUUAAAGGUCCGGUAAAACCAACAACUUUAAAAAAAAAACAUAUAACCAACAUAAUAAAAAUAAAAAAAAAUUAUUACUUAAUACACACAGCUUACACAACUAAACUAGAGAAAAAAUAUCCAGAAACAAAAGGUACUCUCAACAACCUUAAUAUAAUUUAUGUAAUCUCAACAGUACAAGUAUCAAAUUAAAAAGACAAACAAACAAUAAGUGUCAGUGAUACAACAAGCAACACCACGAACUAUAUCAAUCACAUUACUAAUACAGUUUAGUCCUUAAUGAGUGGAGAACAGUGCAUACACAGUUCAUCAUCACAACUAUAACCCUAUAACAAUAAAAAAAACUUGAAAAACAAUGAUCAACCCAAAACCAAAAUUCACAGCUACAAUAACCCUAACAAAUAUUGAGAUGAAACAAGAACUUUGUCCACAACUCCGCGCUUGCGCGAAGCAAUGCCCCUGGUUAUAGUUAAAGAAACACUUGUAACUUAAACUCCUAAUUAAAGUUUGGUGUUUUUUUCUUUGGCAGAAAAAAACUUAAACUUCUAAUUGUUUCUUCUUCAUCAGUACUGUACAGACCAGUGCCAUGCUUAAGUAUAUACGGGGCUCUGGUUAAUUUUUGAAUAUGAGCUUUUUAAUACUCUCACCGUGUCACUUUAAAUGACGUUUAUAGAAGAAAAAAGUUGUUGCAAAAUAAUUGAUAUUCUCACUAUUUUAGAUAUAAUUUAAUAUCAUUUGAAUUUUAUGACCAAUUACAAAAGUCAUGUAUUUUUUUCUUAUUGGUUGAACUAAUUAGAAGAAUUUCAAAUUUACCACAUUGAUUGUACCACUAUUCAUGUUUAUCUUCAUUAGAGAUACAUUUUCACAAAUAUUUUCUUCACUAAAAAAGCAAAAGACUUUUAUACAUUUGCCUUUUAAAUAUAUAAAUAUAGAUAAUUAAAUAAUAAAAUAAUAAAAAAUGUUUUAAAAUUAUUGAAUUAUAUGUUUUCAAAUUCGAAUUUUUUAUAAAUUUUAAUUUUUUUUAUUUUUUUUAAAAAAAUCUUUUUGAAAUACGCAUUAUCUUUGAAACUAUUUUAAAAACUUUUUUUCAGUUUUUAGUAUUUAUUUAUUUGUUUUUUUAAUCUUAACCCCACCCUCUAAAAAUUCUUCUUCAAAUUUAAACUUUAAGUCUAGAUUAGUUAAUCUUAAAUGUAUAAAUGUAUAUUUACUUUUUUUAAACUAAGAUUAAAUGUGGUUAACGUAAACAUAAAAAAUGGUACUAAAAAAUGAUAGAUUAAACAAUUUUCGAACCAAUUUCAUUCAAUAAUAUUUUAUGUAACCAAAAUAAAUUCUAUAAAAAAAUUUAUUUCUUAACCCAUGAGAAAAAACCUUAAACGCUACUUAUAUUAAAACAUAUGAAGUGUAUAUUUAAGAAAUAAAUAUGAAAUAGCUUGUAAUCAGAAAAAUAAGAAACAUGAGGACUUACUAGAAUAAAGAAAAGAAAAUAUUACCAUAGAGUAACAAAAAAAUAUUCAUGACAGGGAUGAAGACAUAUAGCCAAAUGAAAACAAGAGAAGCACAUAGAAAAAUAUCUAAAAUUACAACAACAACAACAAAAAAAAAAAAAAAAAAAAAAAAAAAAAAAAAAACUUGCAAUUUUUGUAAAAUGCCAUUUUCUUCGAUCUCUCUAAAAUCAUUUUUUCUAACCUCUUACCUAAAUUUUUAUUUAUGUUUUGUCUUUUCGUUUUCGGUUUUCGCUACGAAAAACCUUAGUUUCUUCUCAUUUUGUUCUUUUUAGGAGAUGUGUAAUAGUCAAUUUUUGGUUAAAUGUAUGAUCCAAAAUCCUUUUUUUUCUGCUGUCGUGUGAAAUGUGAUUUUGUCGGAGCUAUAACAGAAGGACUGAAAUUUUGAAAAUAGAUGUAGAAUAGAGUUCUCCUUUUCAAGAUCUUACUAGAGGGCAGCGAGAUCAAGUAGAUUUUCAAAUCUAUUUUCUUGCGGAAACGUUAAAUGUCAUAACUAACAGCUCCAAGUGUAAAUCGGCAAGGAAGAAUGCACAGUGUGUCAUGAUUGGCCAGUGGAAAGCUUGUCCGGAAAGAUCCAUGGCUCCAACGAAAGCUACAAAGGCUUCUAUAAGCCACACUCUCCAACGCCUUUGUGUAGUUGUCAUCGGAGUGGUUUACAACUAGUCGGAAAAGUUUGAGACACCAAUUGUUGAAGACAGUUAGCAGCAUUCUGGUGGAAAGUAGCGGUGAUUUGAAGACGAUCAAAACCUUGUUUUUAAAAGAUUUUGGUCAAUUUUUGGUUUGGUUUUUCAGUCAAGAAUUUUCACUGUAAUCAAUAACCAAUUUGGUGGUUUAGGAACUAAAAAUAAAAAUCUGAUUAAAUAAAAUAUAUAUAUAGUUAUCUUGGAAAUAUUUUAUUUGAAUGAGAUUCUUUUUAGGACAAUUGUCCAAAAUAACACCUUUCAAGUUUAUGUCACAAAAAUGACACCAGGAAAUGAAAGUCACAAAAAUGACAUUCAUUAAAGGGCAAAAUGUCACUACUACCCUUGUGUUAUAAAAAUAAAAAAAACAAACAAAAUUCAUUUCCUUCACUCGCGACUCUUCGAACCGUGUCGUCUCCGGCUCGGGAAUCUUCAAACCCUCACCGGCACUGUCGUCUCCGGCUUGCGAAUCAUCGUCUCCGGCUCGGGAAUCAUCGUAUCCGGCUCGGGAAUCAUCUUCUCCGGCUCGCAAAUCAUCGUCUCCGGCUCGCGAAUCAUCGUCUCCGGCUCGGGAAUCAUCGUCUCCAGCUCGGGAAUCAUAUUCUCCGGCUCGCAAAUCAUCGUUUCCGGCUCGCGAAUCAUCGUCUCCGGCUCGGGAAUCAUCUUCUCCGGCUCGCUAUUCAUCUUCUCCGGCUCGCUAGUCAUCUUAUUCGGCUUGCUGAUCAUCUUCUCCGGCUCGCUAAUCAUCUUCUCCGGCUAUCUAAUCAUCAGCGUCACACUCUCUACUCUCAAAAUCGGACACAAAUCACUAUGUAACUUUUUAAAAUUAGGGUUUUUGAAUUAAAAUUUGUGAAGCUUGCGUUUUGAUUUUGAUUUGUUUGUUACUCUUUCUUAUUAACCAGCGAAGCAAAUGAAAGACUUUUGAAUUGUGGGAACACAAAGUUGUUGGAGCAUAAUUCAUCUCUUUGAGGUAUGUUGCAGAUUCAACCUUCUGUGUGUUUGUACAAAUUUAUAAAAUAAAAGUUUGUUGUCUCUUGUUGCAUCUAUUGAAUGUUUUUAGAAGAUUUCCAGAAAGCAUUUGUUGCUGCAUCUAUUGAAUGUUGAAUAUUGAAACUCGUAUGGUAACACAUUUUGAAACUUUUUUGCUUGGAGUCUUGUUUUGAUUAGGAAUGUUGAUAUUUUUGAUAGGGUCUUGAAUUUGCUUAUGAGUCUUUUGUUGCUUGUGAAACUGUAUAGUGUUUAUAAUAAUUUCAGGAAGCAUUUGUUGUGUUAUUUCAGGAAAGCCUUCCAGAAAAGUUUGAAAUUUUUUUUUCCUUGUUUACGCAGGAUAGAAACAAGAUGGGAGAUUCAGUACCUCUAAAACUAGCACUGCCAGAGCUGAAGUAUCCUAUUGGUUCACAGCCAAAGCAAAAGUCAGCAAUCAACCAAUAUUCCGGCUCAGAGUAUAUCUCCAUUGUUGACAGCAUCCUAAAACCAGAUGAGAUGAUAAGAGUCCGAGGAUCAUUUCUGGGACCUAUAAUGAAGCUCAGUGAGAGAGGAUUGAAGUUAUCAGCAAAGAUGGUCUACGCCAUUCUCACUAGAAGCAUCGUUUCUGUCAAGGAGAAUGAAGCCUGGUUCCAUUUCGGUGCGCAGCCACUGAGGUUCUCUAUAAGAGAAUUUCAUAUGAUGACAGGCUUGAAAUGUAGUGGUGCAUUAGAAGGACCACGAAGGGAAACAGAUAGAUUUAAUUGGGAAUUGCUAAAGGGGCGUAGUCAUAAGUUAAGUGACGUGGUGGAACAGCUCAGAAACACAAGAGAAGAUGCUUCUGAGGAGAGAGUAUGCCUCGCAAUGCUCAUCCUGGUAGAGAGCAUAUUAUUGCGGAAGAGCAAAGGAGGGAGUUUUCCUUUGGAAUAUGCGAAAAAUGCACAGGAUAUGACAUAUCCAUGGGGGAAAGAGGCUUACAUUGUGCUCCUGAAGUCAAUUCAAAACGCUGUCGCGAAUCAUUUGGAGAAUAAAUCCAAAUUUGAGUUGCAAGGUUAUCCUCUAGUAUUCCUUCUUUGGAUACUAGAGUCGAUUCCUUUGCUAAGGAAUAAGUUCAGUAAGUGUGUACCAACAGUUGAGGUUCCUGGGCCGACUUACUUGUGUGAAAAAUACACUGACGUAGAGAAUCCAUCACUUGAUAGGGUUUUACAGGUUGAAGCUGAUACAAAGCUGAAGGUCCAUUGCAUACUACCUUCUAUUCCUCAUGAUCCAGAAGAUGAUAUCUCCAUUGAAGACAAAUAUAGUGACGAGCUGGAAACACUGAAAGAUGUAACAAAGAAAGGGUACAAGCUUACAGCUGAUGACUGGGAAAAUAGGUGUGUAGACACAUUUGAAACAUUGGAUGCUCUUAUUCAAAUGAUGGCAAAUAAGGAGACUGGCCAAGCUUCUACUCCGAUUGAUGAGGAUUCAGUAAAUGAAAAAGUGAACAGGAUCAUUGAGGUAAUGGAGGAGAAUCUGAAGAGCAUGAAGGAUCGAAUGUCAUUACUGGAAGAACAAAACAUGCAUCUUAGAGCCCGUGUGUCAGAGUUGGAAGGAAACAACAAUGUUUUUCCCACUAACGUGACACAACAGGUAAAUUCUCAAAACAUCUUCUUUUACAUUUGCAUUUUCAAGUAUUUUUUGGAAGAUCUUGUAUAUAUUCUUGAAUGCCUUCCUAAUAUUUGACAAACAGCGAUCCAGUGGGACACCUUUAUCUCCAAUGUCUCACACGCAACCAUCGA